CACAUACUGCAGAUGUAGAAAAAGGCAUAGUUCUGACAGAUAUGAAUUAGAACUAAAAUAUAAAGAUUCAAAAUUCUCGUGUAUAUUUAUAGAAAAGCCAACAAAAAAUUCAAAUCAAUAAUUAUUUCUGAAAAUGAAAAGGCAUUCCUCGUUGAAUUCCUGCUAUGGGGUAGACCGAACACAGUUGCUGCUGCAGGAAGGGAUGGCCAGGCAAAAUAAAGGUCUGCUCAGUGUUAUGGACCCAGUGCAUCCGCGCUCCGGCGAUAUGAAAGAGGCAGAGGUGGAACGCAUCGUCCGGAAGACACUGCUACAGAUGCAGGAUAUGUGCCGCUUUGAGGAUGUGGAUAAUAUAAUUAGGUUUGCGGUGCCCAAGGUGCUCUACGACUUGAAUGCGCUCGAGCGCCUGACCCUGGAGGUGCGGGAGAUGAAGGAAGCCUACAACUCCUACAUACACCACUCCAAGGUAAUGGGUAAUGAUCUAGCGGAAAUAUUUCUAGACUUGCACAAUAUCUAUACGAAACUCGAUCAACUGGACAGGAGUCUGCCGAGAAGGUCGCGCGAGAAGCGCGAAAAGCAAUGCAAGCGCUUGCGGGAAGCUGAGCAUUUCCUCGAGAAUGCCAAACACUUUAUAGUAAAACAAAAGACGCCCACGCCCACUCCCACCGUCACGUCCACCGUAACGCCCACUGCAACGCCAACGAGCUCGACGCACAAGCAACGCAAGCGGGAUAGGCUUGUCGACAUGACGCGAAGCGCUGAGAGGCGGGCAUAUCUCACGAAUAUGAUAGUGGUGAAGAAAUCGGACUUUUCCAUGGAGCUCAAUCGUAACAAAGACUUUUAUCAGGAAGCUGAAAGGGUUUUGAGAAAAAAGUACUGCAAUAAACAUGGAGUUCCGUGAGAUAUAUGCACCAGAUAUAUAUAUUUAAGGAAACAAACGAAAAUUUUUAGAGUUUAUUAAAUUAUAACUAUUGUAAGGAUUAAAUAAAGAUGUUAUUAGAUAAUCGCAAUUGGCACUCAUUCUAAAGGACUGGAAGAAAAAGGACAGCAAUAAGCAUGGAGUUCCAUAAGACAUCAGA